AUGAAUAAUUAUACGAUCAGACAACUAAUAAAAAAUAUUUUUUCAGGCAAAGAUUUAGAAGACGUAAGUCUUAAAGAUGCACAAAAGAACAUAGUAAUGAAGAAGCAGAAAAGAAAACAGCUGAAAAAUCAUGCAAGAAAUUACAAUGAAGAAUCGCCAAAAAUAAAUUUUAAACUGCAGUACUAUUUCUCAAAUUUGCACAAAUCCAAAGUUUAAGAACUUCAUGUUUACUGUCUAAAAUCAAUAUUCUAAGAAUUAGACAAAAUUUGUGUACAAAUAUUCUUAAUUUAUUAGAAAUUCUGGAAUCUAAUUUGA